GGCCGCAAACGACAAUUUUUCAAAAACAAAAAAGAAGAGUGUUUGUUUUGCGCGUGAAGACAAAAACGACGUUUGUUUUAGGCCAAUUAUUGCCAAAACGCAACCGCCGUGAACCCAAACCGCGUUUCACGUUCCACCCUCGCUCUCUCUCUCACACAUUUUGUUCUUCCGCUUUGCUUUCAGCUGCUCUACUAUGGACGAUUCAACCGUACUCAGCCCACACCCGGCGACCCCACUACUCUCGUCGGGGAAGCUCCGCGGCAGAAACUCUAUCUGCACAUCCGUGGUGGUCCCCGCCAAACUCAGCCUGCUUUCCGCCACCACCACUCCUACCUCAUCUACCAAGCUCCAGCGCCUCCACAACUCCAGCCUCCCCGCCCAAAACGGCUGCGUUUCGGGCCCAGAGCCACUCCAACUGGACCUGGAGCUCCUCUCCCUCAAGAGCUCCAAAUCCUACACUUCUCUCAGAGACCUGCUCCCCUCCUCCGCCGCCGUGAAUUCCCCCACCGUUGCCUCCGCCAACAACUCCGGCUACGAAAUCUCCAUUCGCAACCGCCUCGUUAAGCAGGCCGCCUGGGCCUACCUCCAGCCCAUGUCCUCCACCUCCGGCCCAUCUGGCCCAAACUUCCUCCGCCGCCUCUGCCUCAAGCUCUCCCCCUGCCUCUCCUUCUUCACCCACUGCGUCGUCCCCUUCCUCUCCCAAGCCCUCCGCCGCACACUCCGCUGCAUCGGACUCGCCACCUAACACAAUCUGCCACUUUUUGUCAUCUGUAUAUAUUAUAAUUUUUUUACUCAAAAGGAAACAAAAUUGAAUGAAAGAAUUUGAAUUUAUAUACGAAUUCAGAGUUCGAUCAAUCAAUCAAUCGAUUGCUGUUUCUGGGAUUUGUACAAUUUCUGUUUCUCCUUUUUUGUUUUUCUUUUGUGAUCACAUUCUAAUCUGUCACUGGAUUGGCUUGGAAGGCCUGAGCCGGAGCUUCUCGGUCAGCUCGUCAACCCGCCCACCAUCUGUUUGAUGUCGGGACUGAACCACCUUUGGGGACCUCGGAGGCUCAGACAUGGCGCCGGUUGACUGUGGCGGCUCUGCCAUUGGGUGUUGCUGGUGGGGAUUCUGGCGGCCACUUGUUCUUUCCGCUCGGUUUGCGAAGCGGCACGUUUGGCCGCUGCGGUGCUGGCGCUGUGGCAUCCUGCUGAUCAUCAUCGAAUGUCUGCGACUGUGAGGUGAAUGAACGAUUGGAUGGGCGAUCAAGGAUUCUGAUGCAUACUAUACUUCGAUCGAUGCUAGAAAAACCCGAGAAGUGUAUUGCAUUGUAAAUGUGGCCUACCUCGGUGGUGGUUUUGGCGGCGAAGUUUGUGGAGUUAGCAGCCAAGUACUGAAGGGCUUGGAGGAAAGCAGUGUGGCCGUAUUGGGCGCAGUUCUGCCAGUAGAAAACAGUCAAAUCCCAGGCUCUUGCUCUCAUCUCAAGCAACUUCCUGUCUAUGUCUGUCUCAUGCUUUGCUACAUAUGGCCUCAGGAAGGUCUUGUACACAAACCCAGUUCCCUACAACCACAUUUCAAAUGUCAUUCCAAUGAAUCAAUUGAAAAUUUGUACAACCGUGUUUAUGUUGUCAGACUGUCCAUGCGGAUUCUAAAUGCUGACGGACAAAUGUAAGUCUAGCGCAAAUAUAUGCACAUUUCAAAUGGUAUUCCAAUGAAUCAAACUGAAUAUUUGUAUAACAGGAUAUGUUGUCAA